AUGUCCUCAUCUUCAGGUACCCUUCUUCUUGCGGAAGUUCUUGGAUGUCUUGCUUCAAAGCCACUAGGCAGUGCUAUCAUUCAUAUCUUAAUUGGAUUCUUCACAGAUAGGCUGGCAGAUUGGAGAGCAUUACGUGGGGCUCUUGUUGGGUGUUUAGCAUUAUUGAGGAGAAAAAGUGAUGUUGGUGUAGUCUCUUCCACUGAAGCAAAAGCAGUUGCUGAGCUUUGUUUUCAGCUUCUGAAAUGCGUCUUACAAUGCUAUCCCAAUGAGGUUGCUUCCUUGGAUGAACUCCUUCUAUAUGGAACCUGUGAAGCUGUUGAUGGAGAGAAGGAUCCUCAUUGCUUGUUGCUAGCAUUUGACAUCAUUCGUGCACUGAUUCAACUAUUUCCAGAUCCUAAUGGACCGCUAGAAAAAUUUUCUGGAGAGCUUUUUGAAACUUUGAGCAGUUACUUUCCCAUUCAUUUUACUCAUCCAAAAGGAGAGGACACUGAUGUCAAAAGAGAUGAUCUUGCAAGGGCUCUAAUGGUAGCUUUCUCAUCAACACCUCUUCUUGAGCCAUAUGUCAUUCCCUUGCUUCUUGAAAAACUCUCUUCUUCUCUGCCAUCAUCAAAGGUUGGUGCCAUCACAAAGAAUUUAUAUGAUUACAUAGGCAACAUAAUUAAUUUUUUUGUUGUAGAAAGUAUAUUUGUAUCAAUUUUCAUGCUGACUCUUUAUGUUUGAAGGUUGAUUCUUUAAAGAAUCUGAGCUAUUGCUCAUUGAAUUAUGGAGCAGACAGGAUGG